AUGUCGCGAGCGGUUUGCAUUAACGAGUUAUUGUGUUAUUUAUUUAAUAAUUCUGACAAAAUUGACGAUGCGGAAUUCAUUUACGAAAUAAUGGAUUUCUACAAUUGUGAAGAUAUUAGAAUAGCAAAAAAAAUACUUACCAGCGAUCUAGAUGCGUUAAAUCUAGAAAAAGAUGAUAAAAUAAAGCCAAACAGUUCUGGAAACUCUAAAAAGGACAAGGUUAGUGAUUUAAUACUAACAAUAAAAACAAUUCUGAGCAACAAAAUUGAAAGCAAAUUGCCUCAGUAUGCUGCUCUCAACCUUUUUAAAAUUCCAAGCUCAAAAAAAGCUAAAUUUGAGUCUAUUCUUGACGAAAAGUUAAAAAAAUUAGAAGAACUAUUUAUUGAAGAAAGAAACAUCUUCCGAGAAAUAGUAAAUGAUGCGGCUAUUAACAAUAGCCCAAAAACAAGCGCUGCAUUCAGAGUUUGUAUUUAUGAAACAAACUCAGCUGAGUUCAUGAAUGCAGAAAACUGGCCAGACCAAAUCAUCGUCCGCGAAUGGUGUUUCAACGAUCCGUCGGCAAAUGUUGUCAAUGACCUAAAAAGCAAACGAGGCGGAGGUGUUGGUGUGUUCAUAAAGCAUGACAUCAAAUAUGUUGUAAAUGAUAACAGUGCAUUUGAUGAUGAAAAUGUCGACGUUCUCUGUGUGGACAUUGAAUCGGGGCAUGCUUCACCUAGGGCCAGAAUUAAAGUACUCUGCAUGAGUUUGAAACACACCGGCCCAGGAAUAUGGGAGACGAUUCCACAAGAAAUUAAAGAUUGUAACACUUUGCAUCUUUUUAAAAAUAAACUGAAAAAUUUUUUAAUUACGAAAAGUUCUGUUUUUCAAGGAUAA